AUGAAUCGUUGGCAUCGUAAUCUCUCGGACAGACCUCUUUGUGACAUAUGUGGUGUAGAUGAUGAAUCUGAUAUCCAAAUCUUCCGCAAUUGCAAAGCUUCUAAAGAUCUCUGGACUGCCAUUGUUCACCAUCAAAACCUUCGUGGGUUUUUCGAUCUCCCUUUGGAAAAUUGGUUGCUUCAAAAUCUAACCGCAAAUCAACUUCUAAUUGGGACUGCAACUCCUUGGAAAUUUCAUUUUUCUUCCCUCUUAUGGAAGGUUUGGAAACGGAGGAACUCUACCAUCUUUGAAGGAGAAGGCAUGUCCAACGCUGAUCUUUAUCGCAUGUCUACCAACUGGCACAACAUUAUGUUUCAUCUCCGCCAGCUUCUAAAGUCUCGCCUAAUCACCUGA